ACUUUUUCGCGAAAGUAAAGGAAACGAUGCCCAUUCAGCCUAUUUUGCUAAUUUGAUAGAAAAUACGUAGAUUCUGGGACUAAAGUUCGUAGGUUUGCAAGGAAGGCUUAUCUACGUAAAAAUACGUAAAGUUGGCAACCCUGGUGAUAAACCAAAUCUGACGUAAAAAAAAUGAGAAAAAAAAGUUGCGUGUGCGUCCAUUUUUAUUCAGCGUGAAUUUAUUUACAAAAUGAAUUAAUUUAUUGUAAAAUACAGAAGAUUCAGUUAAAAUCUGGUCCGGUGGCCAUACUUCAACUUUACCCAUUUAAAAUGAGGUAACAUUGUCCUCAUAUAAGUGAGAAGAUGUUUAAACAACAACUGUCGCCUCGCAGCGUGCACCCGUACCAGACUACCAUGAUACCGCGGAGUGAAAUGCAGUUCAUGACUGCUGCACAACAAAGGGCGAAGUAUCCGUGGGCCGAAGAAAAUAACACUGUUUAUCAAGUCCCAGGAACAGAUAGCUCAACUUCUGAUAAUGCUUAUCAUGUACCUCAUUAUUACAAUACCUCAGUGAGAGAUUAUGGGCCACCUUCACCUGUUUACCAAGCUCCUUACACCACAGGAACAUGGCAUAGUUAUAAGAAGAAAGAUAAAAUUAAUCAGCGGCCUCCAACUGAAGCAUACUCAUUCCCUCCUUGUGCCUCGGCCUUUUCACUUCCGCUGUGCGAAGUUGAACCAAGAACUAUGAACCGGUCUCCAAUACCACCAGUGCCAUCAGUCAGCCCUGAAGUGCCAAUCAUUGGAGCUUGUGGUGGACAUUGUCCUGGAUUUGAAUAUGUGUGCUAUUAUAUUUUACAGGUGAUAUUUGUAGUAGGUAUACUAACUGGGAUCUCAUUAUGUAUUGCUGGAAUAGUAUUACGUCGCACAAACCGCAAUGGAGACCUUGGUGUAUUAGUUUAUAUAGGAUGUCUAUCUUCAUGUGUUUGUGGUGUUUUGCUGGGUGUUCAGUGCUGUGUUCGAAGGGAAAUUCGACAAAGAAAGCUCCGGGCGAAUAUGCACAUACCCAUGCAAUCUAUACAGGAGACACCAGCCACUGCUUGCCCAUUGUUAACUUCCACACUACCUCACAAUCAAGUAUACAGGCCUACUGUAAGUAUUUGUGCUGAAGAAGAAGAGACUGGAGUUCCUUGGUGGCGUCGCUCCAACAGAGACUGAUUAGUUUUAAGUUUAUUUACAGUGACAUUGUAUAUAAAAUGUAACUUUCUCUUAAGAACAAGGACCAUAACAUUUUUUUUAUGAAUAUAACAUAUUUUGCUUAA